GAUCAAAAAGCACCAUGGCAAACAUGCACCCUUCCUUCUUGUCGGCUGUUCAAGUGGACGCCAUAGCCGCCUGCUCGCUGCCCAACGUGCUGUUUUCGGACGAGGAUGACGACGCAGAGGAGCCGGAACUGCCACUCCUCGCGGUAGCGCAGUCGCAACUCGAGGGCAACGUCUGGAGCGGCGGUGUGGCCUUGCUAGACGCGGUUUCGAACGAGCGGCUAUGCGAGCUGCAGCUGGAGACUGGCGUAUCGUCACUGGCCUGGUGCAGCACGGAAGGUGACGUAUUAGCACUGGGUUGCGACGACGGCGACGUGCGUUUAGCGAAGUUAUCCACGGACGUGACGUUCGCCUUUGUGCCGCUAACCACUGGGAGCAGCGACGACGAGGACGCUGUGUCUGGAUGGGGACACGACGAUGUUGUCACGGGCGUCAGUGCUUCACUUGAUAAAACGCAGCUAGCCACGUGCAGUUGGGAUCUCACGGUGAAGCUCUGGGAUGUUGGAGCCAUGGACAAGACGGUCGCCACUUUCGAUGGUCACUCGGAUUUGAUUUGGGGCGUGGCGAUGAACCCGACGCACGCGCAUAUACUGUGCUCGGCGUCACAGGACUCGACGGUGCAGGUAUGGGACGCUCGUCGACCUCAGAGCGCUGCUUUGUCGGUAUCAACUCUCCUGCCUGCGCUAUCAGUGGAUUGGCACCCGAAGCAGCCUACUGUGUUCUCUGUUGGACUGGAAGACGGCUUGGUGUGUACCUUUGACGUGCGUUCGCCACACACGCCACUAGCUCGUCGUGAAACCCACAGAGCUUCCGUACAUGUAGUCAAGUACUCACCAUAUCACGAUGACUUACUGGCAACGGGAGGUGACGACGGCAAAACCUUCGUGACAACCGACAGCUUUUCGUCCGACCGAACUGCAGACACUGGCGUUCGUGAACUGCUGGUCGGUGCAGAGAAAACAGCGCCCCACCGUGACUACGUGCGUGCAAUGGACUGGUUCCAACAAGCAUCGGGGUCUUCCACCGCCAAGAACUUCGACACGAUGCUCGCUACUGGUUCCUGGGAUAAAACUGUGCACAAGUGGAGCGUGGACGACUACACUGCCCCGCGUUUGUCAUCCAACUCAGGAGUGACGGCACCACCAGGAGUGUUGGUCCCUGUUGCGUGACCAAAUCGAAAUUGUUGAGAAUUUGCUUAUGCAUUUGUACAGGUUACUUCAACUUACUUAAAGCUCAUAUUCUACAGGAUUGGCGUGAUUAAGUAGCCAAGGUUCCUGAAGUGCUUGUUCGGGAGUGAGUCGGUGACUCGGAUCCCAUGCAAAACAUUUUGCCAAAAAUGCCAAAAAUUCAGGAUCAUUGGACUUGACAGCGCUGAUGAGGCUGAGAGUUCCAGGCGAGCGUCGACGGCCUCGGGAGUUCACGAACGACUUCGGGACGUAGUCCACAGCGUCGAUAUCCGCAGGGUUGGAUACUUCGUCGAAAAAGUUGAGACGUCGCUUGCUGUUUUGCACCAUUUCGACCGGAGGCACGCCCAGCACUUCCAUGAUACAGGCAAAUUGUUCGCGUUCGUUCUCGCCGGCAAAAAUCGGGUGGCCAGUGUGCAACUCGACGAGGAUACAGGCAAAACUCCACAUGUCGAUCGCACCGGAGUACGUGAGGCCGAGUAAAACCUCU